GCUUGAUGCCAAUAUAAAAUAUGAAGCUUAAUUUUUUAGCGGUUUUAAAAUGUUUCUAAGAGCUGAUAAUCUUUUGCAACAUCCUUUCUCGACACGUUGGAGUAAACUGUCUUUCGGAUGUCAUUCUAUAGACAAUUGCACAAACGGAGGAAUUGUUACACGUGGAAUAACUGAAAUAUAUGGAGAAGCAGGUACCGGUAAAUCACAAAUUUUGAUGCAAUUAUGCUUAACCGUUCAGUUGCCUGAGAAAAAUGGAGGGUUUCAGAAAAAAGCAGUUCUGAUUUACACUGAAGGAAAAUUUCCUACUAUCCGUCUUACCCAAAUAGCUACUCAAUAUGCGCAAAAAUAUCAAAUGAUAACAGAAGAUUUCUUAGAUGGAAUUUUUAUUCAACUUAUAAAAAAUACGGAUAUGUUAAUGAGCUGUUUAUCGAAUCAAUUGCUUAAAAUAUUAGAAACUAAUCCAAUAGGAAUUAUUGUAAUUGACUCAAUCGGAUCCAUAUUCCGAAUGGAAACCGAGUAUUCAGAAAGAGCUGCUAAAUUAACUUUAUUAGGUCAUAGGUUAACAGAAAUAGUUCAAAAGUAUAAUUGUGUUGUUGUUUGCUCGAAUCAAGUUGCUUCAGUUGACGAUUGUUUAAUUCCAUGUUUAGGAUUAACUUGGAGUAAUCAAGUGCGUUGCCGAAUCAAAAUUGAGAAGUUUCAAAAGGACGAAAAAGUUUGCAAUUCAAAAGUUACCAGGACAUUCGAAGUGAUAUACUGUCCCGAAAUAGAAAGCAAUAAGAAAUGUGUAUUUUCCAUUACCAAUGGGGGGAUUUCAGAUUGUAAUUAAAAUUGCUUACAUUUAUGUACAUACCAUUUUGUUAUCUAUUUUGUUUUGUAAAUAAAAUCAAAAUUACAAAAUCUAGAUACAUAUGUAUGUAUAAAUCUAGCAUGUUCGAUAAAUUUCUGUUACAAAAGAAACGCUUUGGAAAAUAGUAGAAUGUUUAAAGUUCUAAGAGAUUUUAUAAGGUUAUUUUAUUUACUAGCAAUGCUAUUAAAUUUUAUAAAAAUAUGUAUUUAAUUAUUAAAAUUUUUGGUUCUUGAAGAUCUGUAAUUAUGAUAAAAAGUUUUUUAAGAAAUAACUUAGAACUUUAAGCGGAUGUAAUAGAAUCUGAACUUUAAGUGGACGUGUAAAUAGAAUAAUAUUGGUUAAGAUUUUUAUCUUUUUUGUUUAAUAGAUAUUAUGUUCUAAAAAUUAAUUUUUUCUUAAAUUAAUUUUCGUGAAUUUUUAAUUUGUGUUAUAUUUGUGUAAUUACAAACAUUUGUUUCAAUUAGUAGCACAUUUUUGAAAAAAUAAUCAAAAAAGUAA